GAUUAGAAUGAUAGGUGAUUCAAUACAAGGCUAAAGUAAGAAUCCUGGGGUUCAGAUGAAAUUUGCCCAUGACAUAAGUGACUAUUAACUCCCGCAAAAGUUAGAUUCUUUCUCUAUUUGAACCUCCAGACUAAGGUGAUAACCGGCCAUCCUAUUUGAAAAAAAUGAAAGGAUUGUGGCAUUGCCUAACAUUAUUAAAAAAAAGUCUGAACUUUAAAAUGUCCCAAAAAGUCUUUCAAGAGAUGGCAUUGCCAAUAAGGAAGAAAGAUCUGAACUUUAAUUCCGGAAACGAAUAAAGGUAAUUAUUUUGGAUUUGUACUAUAUGAUUGCCGACCAAGUAAAGGCGAGAUUUUUCCCAAAGGGCUGAAGACUUUAAUCAACGCUCAUGAAUUUGGUUUUGGGUUUUUGUCCCAUUCUUUGUAUUAUUUUUUUUCAUAAUAAUUAUUGUAGAGUAGAAGCGGUACAGAUUCUUGUACGGGGAGGGUCUUGUCAGUCUCCUCUCUCGAAUUCCGUUUUCCUAUAAAAUGCGAUCCUUCCACAGCAAGUUCCUUCUUCAAGAAGGAGAAAAGCUCUAUUUGAAGACCUCUCCAUCUUCUUCUUCUUCUCUCUCAUGUCCUGCAAGUUUUCUGUUACCGCCUCCAUUGCUGCGAUUUCGGGGUUUUUCUCAUAUUGACCGCCGAUUGCCAUGGAUGCUGUGGGCAUGGAAAUACAGAGCAGCGAUCAGCUUUCUGCAUGUGCUUUACCAUUUGCGAGAAGUUAUCAGGUUGAGGCGCUUGAGAAAGCAAUUAAGCAGAACACAAUAGUGUUCUUGGAGACCGGUUCUGGCAAGACCCUGAUUGCGAUUAUGCUUCUUCGAAGCUAUGCUCACCUUUUCCGCAAGCCUUCUCCCCACUUUGCAGUCUUCUUGGUUCCUCAAGUGGUGCUUGUCACUCAACAAGCUGAAGCCCUGAGAUUGCAUACUGAUCUUCAAGUGGGUAUGUACUGGGGAGAUAUGGGUGUCGACUUUUGGGAUGCUUCGACUUGGAAACAAGAAGUUGAUAAAUAUGAGGUGUUUGUGAUGACCCCUGCCAUUUUGCUCAAUGCAUUAAGGCACAGUUUUCUAAAGUUAAACCUGAUAAAGGUUCUAAUAUUUGAUGAGUGUCACCAUGCUAGGGGAAAUCACCCCUAUGCUUGUAUCAUGAAGGAUUUUUAUCACGAGGAGUUAAAAUCUGGAACUUUGAGCAUUCCACGAAUAUUUGGGAUGACUGCAUCCCCUGUGAAAACCAAGGGUGCAAAAUUGGAAAGCUACUGGAAAAAUAUUCUUGAGCUUGAGACUCUUAUGAACUCGAAGGUGUAUACAUGUGUCUCUGAAUCUGUACUUGCUGGCUUUAUCCCAUUUUCUACACCGAAAUUCAAGUUCUAUCAGCAACUGGAAAUUCCAUGUUUGGUGCGUGCAAGCUUGGAGGAGGAGCUUGUACGUUUGAAGAGAAAGCAUCGACUUUUUGUGUCUUCCUUGGAUCUGGAGCCCUCCAUCGCUGGGUCUAUUGAGACGAAAAUGUCAAAGAUAUGUUCCAAUCUACUGUAUUGUUUAGAUGAACUUGGAAUUUGGUUGGCGCUAAAGGCUACCAAGUCCUUGUCUGCCAAUCUAAAUGAAUUCUUCCCGUGGGGCCAACUAGAUACAUCUAGCAAGGCACUCAUUCAAAAUUUUUGUCUUGAUGCUUCCAAAGCUUUUUCAGCUUACAUACCUUCUGAUCCUUUGUGGAGUAUAUCAGACAACAUAAAUGCCAGCUUGGAUGAGGGUCUCCUGACAUCGAAGACUGUCUGCCUCGUUGAGUCUUUGCUUGAAUAUAGUGCAUUGAAGAACAUACGGUGUAUCAUUUUUGUGGAAAGGGUAUUAGUAGCCACUGUACUGGGAUCCCUUUUGGCUGAGAUUUUCCCGAAGUACAAUAACUGGAAGACCAAGUACAUGGCAGGAAGUAACUCUGGACUGCAAUACCAAACUCGGAAAAAGCAAAAUGAAAUUGUGGAAGACUUCCGUAAAGGCUUGGUUAACAUUAUAGUAGCAACAUCCAUUCUGGAGGAAGGUUUGGAUGUGCAAAGUUGCAACCUGGUUGUUAGAUUUGACCCUUCAGCCACUGUUUGCAGUUUUAUACAGUCUCGAGGGCGUGCUAGAAUGCAGAAUUCUGACUAUUUGAUGCUGGUGAAGAGUGGAGAUCUGUCUACGCACUCUCGGCUAAUGAACUAUCUCUCCAGUGGAAAUAUAAUGCGUAGAGAGUCUUUGCUUCACGCUUCUGUUCCUUGUCAACCUCUUCCAGAUGAUACCUGUGAAGAAUUCUACCGUGUCGCCGGCACGGGCGCAAGUGUAACUCUAAGCUCAAGUGUUAACUUAAUAUAUUUCUACUGCUCAAGGCUUCCAUCUGACGGGUACUUUAAACCAGCUCCUAGGUUUGAUGUAGACAGGGAUGGUACUUGCAUCAUUCACCUUCCUAAGAGUUGCCCUUUAAAAGCCGUUACAGUUCAUGGUCAUGGUAACAUGCUAAAAAAAGCUGCCUGUCUUGAAGCGUGCAAGCAGCUUCACAAAGUUGGAGCUUUAACCGAUAAUCUUGUGCCUGACAUGGUUGUGGAGGAAACUGUUACACAAGAACUUUGUAGUUAUCCCUAUAGUGAUGAGCAGCCAUGUUACUUCCCCCCUGAGCUCAUUGGCCAUUUUUUAGUAGAGUCAAAGACAACGUACCACUUUUACCUGAUAGGAUUGAAGCCGUGGUAUCCAGAUGAUUUUCAUGUUCAGGAUAUUUUACUUGGCACUAGAGCUGAGCUUGAAGAUGACAUUGGAACCACGAGCUUUAAGUUGGGAGUCAAGGGGGGUGCAAUAACUGUGACAUUAAAGUACAUUGGAGUAUUUCACCUCACACAAGAAGAGGUUUUUUUGUGUAGAAGAUUUCAGAUAACUCUUUUACGUACUCUUUUGGAUCAUAAUCCUGAAACAUUGACCGAGGCGUUAGAUGGAUUGCAGUGUAGAAAUGGCCCAACUCUUGACUUUCUACUACUGCCAGCAAAUCAUGGGCAUCAGACAUCUCAUAUCAAUUGGAAUGUUAUUAAAUCUGUGAAUUUCUCUCUUCACCGAGCUGAGGAAAGCCAUUUCAGCUCUUGUGCCUGUGGUGCUACUCGCAUUCUACAUGCAAAAGACGGCUUGGUUUGCGUUUGUGCAGUACAAAACGCAUUGGUUUACACUCCGCAUACUGGAAAAGUCUAUUGUAUCACUGGUGUUCUCGAGAAUCUAAAUGCAAAUUCCUUGUUGUCGCUGAGGAAUGGGAGCAGACAGACUUAUAGGGAGUACUAUCAGACACGGCAUGGGAUCAAACUAGGUUUUGUGGAUGAACCACUGCUGCGUGGGAGGCACAUUUUCACUGUGCAUAAUUACUUCAAUAGAGGCAGGAAGCGAAAGGAGAAAGAUCCUGACCAAGAUUUUGUCGAACUGCCUCCUGAACUAUGUGGUGUCAUUCUGUCUCCGGUAUCAGUUGAUACCAUAUAUACAUUCUCUUUUGUUCCGUCUAUAAUGUAUCGUCUGGAAUCUUUGCUUAUUGCUUACAAUCUCAAGAAGAUGCAUCUUGAGCACAGCACUAGAGAAGUGAAUGUUCCUACCAUCAAGAUUCUGGAGGCAAUUACGACAAAGAAGUGUCAAGACCAGUUCCACCUGGAGUCACUUGAAACGCUUGGGGACUCGUUUCUAAAAUAUGCCGUUAGUCAGCAUCUUUUCAAUGUUUAUCAAAAUCAUCAUGAGGGCCUCCUUAGUUCCAAGAGGGAAAGAAUCACUAAAAAUGCAAUGCUCUGCAAGUUAGGAUGUGAGCAGAAACUUCAGGGGUUUAUCCGCAAUGAGUGUUUUGAACCUAAAACAUGGAUGGUUCCUGGUCAAGCCUACACUCUCACAGAAGAUAGCUUGUCUGAUUCGAGAAACAUAUAUGUCGUUAGGAAGAGAAAUGUGAAACGUAAGAGUGUGGCUGAUGCUGUGGAAGCGCUGAUCGGUGCAUAUCUCUGUGAGGGGGGAGAGGUUCAAGCUGUGAUGUUUAUGGAUUGGGUUGGUAUAAAUGUCAAUUUCGCAAAUGUACCGUAUCAGAGGGAGCUCCUGCCAUCCGCUGAGAAGCUUCUUAACGUAUUUUACAUCGAGUCCCUAUUAAACUACAAGUUUCAGGAUCGGUCCCUUUUGGUCGAGGCAUUGACUCAUGGUUCAUACAUGCUUCCUGAGAUUCCGAGAUGCUAUCAGCGGCUGGAAUUCCUUGGUGAUUCGGUGUUGGAUUAUGUUAUUACCAAGUAUCUGUAUGAUAAAUAUCCUUUUCUGUCUCCGGGAUUGCUAACCGAUAUGCGGUCUGCUUCAGUGAACAACGACCAUUAUGCUAGGGCAGCAAUGAAAGCAAAGCUGCACAAGCAUAUUCUUCAUGCUUCUCAUGAUCUCCACAAGCACAUGACCAGAACAGUUGAUGAGUUUGAACAUUUACCUUCAGAUUCAACUUUUGGAUGGGAAGCUGAAACGUCUUUUCCCAAGGUUCUCGGAGAUGUGAUAGAAUCUCUAGCAGGUGCAAUCCUUGUGGACUCAGGAUACAACACAGAAGCAGUGUUUGCAAGUAUACAGCCGCUUCUUGGGUGUAUGGUAACUCCAGAGACCCUCAAGAUACAUCCUGUGAGGGAAUUGACUGAGUUAUGCCAGAAAGAGCAUUUCGAGAUCAAGAAAGAAAAGGGUUUCAAGAACGGCAAGGCUUAUUUCACCGUAGAGGUUAAAGCCAAUAGAGAAACGUUUGUUCAUACAUCCAAGGCCCCUCAUAAAGAUACGGCAAAGAGGUUGGCUUACUUGGAAGUCCUCAAGUCUCUUAAGGACACAGCUUUUGGGAUUGGCUCUUGAGAGGUCAAAAUUUCUCACCUCAGUUCCAAAUUAUUGUCCUUUGUGCUCGACUCAGGCUGAGUCCUGGAGUUGUUGGAGUGUCUCGUAGUAAAGAUGUAUUGGCUACAAUUAAAAAGGUUUAUCAAUGAA